AUGAGCUCUCAAUAUACUCCAAUUGAGGAUUUCACAACCUUAAAGUUACCAUUGGAUACCCAAAACUCAGGAAAAGUACAGAGGGACACUAACGAACAAUAUGAUCCAGCCUUUUUGAAUGAUAAUCCUGACUUUAAAGCUGCUAGAGACCUUGUUAAUCUUGAUGUUAAUAAUUUACAAAGUUGGGACUACUUGAUCAAAUUAACAGAACAAUUAAUUACAAAAUAUCCAUCACCUACUGAAAUUAUCAAGAAAUCUAUCGAAAAGACAUUUGAUGAACUAUUAGAAAGAUUUCCAUUACUUUUCGGUUAUUGGAAGAAAUAUGUUGCAUUGAUGUACCAAAUAUCUGGUGUUGAAACUUCACUUGAAAUAUUAUCCAAAAGUAUAGACGCUUUUCCUCAUUCAAUUGAUUUAUGGACAGAUUAUAUGACAUUAUUGAUAUCCAAUAAAGGUGAUGAUACUACCAAGAUUAUUGAUAACUUUAAAUUGGCUGUUUCUUUUGUUGGUCAUAACUUUUUAUCAAGUCCAGUAUGGGAUUUAUAUCUUAAUUUUCAAGAAAACCAUGGUACCAAGGAAGACUUGGUAAAGAUCUUACUAAAAUUGAUAAGAAUACCAUUACAUCAAUAUACCAGAUACUUUGAAUAUUUCACAAAAGUCAAAAGUUCAAUCGAUAUAGACACCUUGAUUGAUUUAGAAGGAGAAGAUUUAAAUCAUGCUAAAGGUAUUGAAAACCAAGAAGAAAAAUUGAACGCUGUUAAUGAGUACUUUAUGAAAGUCAAUCAAGUGACGCAAGGGCUCGUCUAUGAAAUUUGGAGCUUUGAAUCACAAAUUAAACAAUCAUAUUUCACUUUAAUUGCAGUGUCAAUUGACGAAGUAAACAAUUGGGACAUCUAUUUGAAUUUCCUGAUAUCAAAACAUCAGCAAUCAUCUACAGACUUGAUCAAAAGCCAAAUAAUAUCAACAUUUGAAAGAUCAUUAAUACCCACAGCAUUUUCACCAGUUUUCUGGAAAAAAUAUUUGAAUUGGUAUUUAGAUCAAUAUCCAGAAGAAUUUGAUGAGAUCAAUAACAUUUACAUUAAAUGUGUUAACGUUUUUCUACCCAUUCAAUUCAUUGAUCUAAGAUUGAAUUAUGCUUUGUUCUUAAGAGCACAUGAACAACAAGAGAAUAAAAUCCAUGACGUUUAUUUAUCAGUUAUUUCAUAUGUUCCAAAUGAAACUAAACCUGUUAUACAAUACAUAAGGUAUAUUUCAAGUUCAAAUUCAGAUUAUCAAAAAACAGCUAGCCAACUUGAAGAUGUGUUGAAUAGCUAUUAUCGUAAGGGUCAACAGAGACAAAUUGACUUCAAAAUUCAAAGAUUUGUUGAUAAGUUGAACUCUAAAACAAUUGCCAUUGUGAUUAUAGAAUUAUUAAAAAUCAACUUGUAUUUCAUUAAAAAUCAUUUGAAUGUUAAAAAAGCACUAAAUUAUUAUUCAAGACUUGAAGAUCUUUCAGGAUCAGUUAUUUUUUGGUCAUUUACAUACAAAUACUACAAACAAUAUCGUGACUUCAGGGGCUUAGCUAAAGUGAUAGAAUUUAUCAAAUUGAAAUCAACAUUGCCAAUAACCACCAUUAACUUGUUAUUAGAAGACUAUACAGAAUUUUUAGCAACAAAUCACGAUGAAACAGCUUCAAUAUUUGAUAUACCAAAUUACUCAAACAUUAUCCUUACAGAUUAUGAGAAAUCCACUCAAUUGGGAUUCAGAGGUAAGACUGAUCAACAACAACGUAAGAGACAAAAGAGACAAAGUGGUCAUCCAGGUGUGUUUACAGAUAAACCUGAAGUUACAAACACCAUUGUUGAUCAAUUGGCUCCUAGAUACAGACCAGCUUCACUUCCAACUUUCAAGAACGCUGAAAAGGCAAGUUUGCCAAUUGAGUACCAACCUGAUGAAUAA